GAGAGAGAGAGAAGAAGAGACAAAUUGCUCACUAACAAAAAAACCGAAAAACCAAUAUUUUAUUAAAUGUAGAAAAUUGUUGCGGGAAAUGGAAUAUGCCACAAUAACAAACUAUUGCAUUAAAUGGAGACUGAAUAAUAACAAAGCAACAUCGAAAUUAAAUAUUUCUGAAUAAUAACAAAGAAACAUCGAAAUUACAUAUUUCUAUCGAACUACGUGGCAAUUUAUUGCUGACUUAUGCAUUUAGUGCGGCGUGAACAUUAUAAAUCGAGAUUGCACGCCUGUAAAAAUUUUACUGUCCCUUGGAAUUGAAUAUACAAACAUUUUCAAGCAGUGCCCGAAGGACAAAAAAGAAAAGGCACGAGCAAACCCGAAGUCCCAAAAGGGCGAAAAGUUAUCCGACACCCUGUCGAGGCUUCUAGUAUCUCCGUGAUAUUCCGCGAGUAUUCGCAAAUGGUUUACGACAGACCUUGAAGAUACUUCCGCGAGAAGGUGUGAACACGGCUAUUACGAGAUCUCCCUGAGGAGGUCGAGAGCAGUUUAGAGUUACCGCACGGAUAAAACUUCAACUACACACACCGGAGAAACGAAACCGUUUCUUCAUAGGCGUACCGGAAGGAAGAUCCUCGCAAUCUCGCCCGCGCGCAUUUACUCUGCCGAAAGUUUCGCGCCUCACGUGAAACUCCCGUGAAAAUGCGGAGACCAGAAUCGCGGAAAUCCUGUUCGCGAACAACUUGAAAGUAUUAUUUCGUAAAGUAAGAAUUUAUUCCAUCCCCAGAAAGUAUAAAUCGCUUUGGUGAAGAUAUUCACGUCGAAAACUCGUUUAAAGGAAAAAACAAUUCUUUGUAUUGCGCAUACAAAGCGGCAUUUCUUCGAUAUCUAUGUAAAAUUGUUAUUAAGAAAGUUUUCCCGCGUCGAAAAGCAUCAAAAGCACGCGUCAAAUCAUCACGAAAUCCUCAAGUCCACGAGAGUCCAUAACUCUCGACUUUCCGAUUUCUCGGGAGAAACGCGUGACAGAUUUAUUUUGGGAAAUCUGCGAUCAUAAACUCCCGGGAGGACUGGAGGUUUUUUCAUCGUAGCUCGCGCGAUGCAUCGGACACGAAAAAGUUUCGAGAAGAGAGAAGACGAGUGAAAAAUCCUGAGAGAGAGAAUCUUCAGACGGCGGAAAAGAAAACGGAAGGCGAAGAAGGAUCGCGAGAAGAACAAGAUACAAAGAGACGAGGAAAAGAGGGAAUUACAAAUAACAAGCAGAGACGAGGAAACGCUUCAGGAAUGCCGUGGAUAAAGUGUUUGGGUGGUGGAGGCGGAAAGGCCAGAAGAGGCAAGCCACUCAGCGUCAGUCAGCCGAUCCACCUGCUUGUCAAGAGCGACUUUGAACCCCAAUGUCACGUGUUCCGCACCAAACAACUGCGCAAGCCUCGACCAUGUCAUCUGUGCCACCAGGCGGUGAUCAAGCAAGCCUCUUGCUGCAGAGUUUGCAAGUACAUCUGCCACAAGACGUGCGAGGAUAAGGGCGCGCGGUUCCGAGACACCUCGCAACAAAUUCAUAAACAAUGGCAAGCCGAUCCGUCAAGGGCAUUUCCGACCGUCGGCAGCGUCACCGCGAGUUCGCCCUCCCCUGCGUCGGGAGAGCUCUCCACUCCAAAUUCCACCCCCAGCCCCAGCCCUAGUCCGACUAAUCAACAAGUCACGCACAAUGGCGGCUACGAAACGCAACCGAAAAGCGUUAACAACAUCACAAGAGGCAAACAGCAGGUGCAGACGUCAGCGUUGGCGUCAACGCCUGCGAGAACGCCGGGCGUCGGCGCGGAUUCGACGAUGACGGGAUCGGGAAAGGGCGGAGGUCGCGUAACGGAAGUGAUGGAGCUCUGUUACGUCACCGAAAGGAUCAUCGCCCUCUGGUACAGAGAGGAUGCGCAGGGUGUCCUCGAACAUGCCACGUCCUUACUGCGCGGAAAACACGCCGAUAAUUACAUGAUCUUUAAUUUGUCGUCGCCCGGUCGACCCGGUGAGCCAAAUACGAGGGAAGCUGGUUGGCCGCAGGGAUUAGCGCCGAGUUUGGAGAGACUGUGCGCCCUCUGCAAGGAUCUGGACUCCUGGCUCAAUGGAGCUUCUAAUCGCGUUGUUGUUUUACACGCCAGGGGCAGCAAGGAGCGGCUGGGUGUGGCAGUGUCCGCUUACAUGAACUACAGCAGCAUCUGCGGGGGACGCGAUCAAGCACUAGACAGGUUCGCCAUGAGAAGGUUCCUCGACGACAAGAUUGGAUCGCUGCAGGUUCCGUCGCAUCGAAGAUACAUCGAGUACUUCAGCGGACUUUUAUCGGGCUCACUGAGGAUCAGCCAGUCGCCAUUGUACCUGACUCAUCUGACAGUCCUCGGCGUGCCGCUCUUCGAGCCGACUGGCUGUCGAGCCUUCCUCAAAGUGUACGAAGGACUUACACCGGUUUAUACUUCGGAUUUGUACUCCGUGACGAAUGCGCGCGAAUUCACGGUUAAUCUCGGCGGGCUUCGGCUGAGGGGUGACAUCUUGGUCAAGUGCUAUCACAGGGUCUACUCGAAGCAGACUCGAGAAGUCAUGUUCUCCUUGCAGUUCCACACGUGCGUGAUCACAGAAAACGUCGUGUCCUUCCCACGAUCGGAACUCGACGUUGCUUGCGACGAUCCUCGAUGCCCGCCCGACAGCGUGGUGACACUCUACUUCGCCACCGACGCGAAACGUCAGGACGGUCCGGUGCCGGCUCCGACUCCUGCUGUGCCGCAUGCAUCAGCGCAUCACGAUCCCAUUCUGCACUGGGACAGCUACACGAAUCUCGAAAUUAGCGACGACGAAGGCCGUGAGACUCCACUGUCACCUCCGCCUCCCUCGAGCUCAUCGGUUCAGACCUCACCCCGCGGCUUGGGUUACACUUGCGGUCCUAUAGAUGGAUCCUUGUACGCCGUGGUACAUCCGGGCCCUGCAGGAGGUGCCCGUGGCUCGCCGUUGACGGUUUCCAUGGACAGUGGCAUUAGCAGUGCGCCACCACAAAGACCGAGUCCGCCUGAACCCGAACCGGAAAAUCAAGCCCACGGUGAUCUUGACAAGCUUCUCCAUGAUAUGAUGCUCACAGUCGAGUCUAUGCCAGAUCCUCCGACAGAGAACUUCAAUCGCGAUCGAAGUGAGAAGAUGUAUAUUCAGGAAACGCACAGCUACAGCAGUCACAACAGCAGUCAUCCCACAUCCACUUAUUCGACCUUGAAGGAUUCCUACAGAAGCUACGGAGCCGGCAAAGAAUCCAGUCCGCCGUAUAACUCCAGCAGCAGCUAUAGCACCUUGAAGAACGAAUACAGAGAGUCGUCGAAGAGCAUCGAGCAUCGGCGGGGAGACGAUUUCGAUUAUCGCGCGUCACCGGACCGGAAGAUUUCCGAGUCGUCGAACGAUUCUUACAGGAAACACGCGGAUUCCUUCUCGCCACCUGGCAAUAUCGAUUUUAUCGACGAGGAUAUCCCGUAUCACGCUCGUCAAACCAGUCAGCCGUUCUCGUACGGCGCCACCACCGACAUGAUAAAACAUCAGAAAUUGUCGUCGCCAUCGCUAGUGAGAAAAGCGUCUGUGCGCGGCACGGCGCCCGUUGUCGACUUCGAGGACAUUCUUGGCGAGAAUUCCAGAAGGCCUCUCAGCCCUCUCAGUCCCAAUACUCCGGAUCCGCCACCGGAGUUUGCAAACGGACCCGUGAAAAGUGGGACAGAUCACAUUGAUGGGUUGUCGUGGCUGAGACAGCAGCAAUUGAAACUCGCCGCCAGAAGAGAUGAAAGGAAUCCCAGCAAGCUGUGGCGACAGGAAACCGGAAACCGUGUCAUCGGCGAGCUCAGAAGCUUGCAGAAAGGAAGACUGAGAAACGACGGUUACGCGAGCGAUUCCGCGGUGCUCGACGACGACGACGACACGUGGACACCGAGUUCAGUUUCCGGACAGCUACCGUCGAGAGCUGUUCCAUACACCUCCGCGCCAGCUAGUCCUCUACUUCCGCAGAGAUCGAGCAGCCGGAAGUAUAACGGCAGUACCGGAAACGUCAUUCUCGGCAGACCAAGGGCGGAGAGUAUGAACGAGAGACCGUUCGUGUCUGUGAAACGAGCUUACGAAUAUCGCAAGUACAACGACAGUCAGAGCCCUCCGACAUCCCCCCGCUCAGCCUUAGCAGCCGCACCACCCUUAGGGUUAGCGGCAGGUCAGCAAUCGAGUCCGUCGAGCAACGUCGAGAGGCAGCAACAACAGCAACAACCGCCGCGACCGGAGUCGCGUAGCGACAGUUUCGCGCGCGCGGACGCGUUGCUGCGCGAGCAUCGCCAUCAUCAGCUGCAAUCCGGGAUCGUGAGCAGCAACAACACCAGCAACGAUCAUCCCGAGCGGAAGCAGACGCAGGAAUACGCGACGCCGACUCGAAACGCGCGUCCCGAGUCGCGGAACCGCGUUGUCACGUAUCAGAGCGUUGGGAAUUACAGUUCGCCGAGUGACCAAGUGGACGGCGGAUUAUUGACGAUGGUCGAUCAGCCUGAUCCUCUCGUGAGCCUCAUUCAGUCUCUAGCUGAGAUCUCGCCGAUCCACGCGUCCCCGAGCACGCCUAAAUCCGAGAACGAUCAUCCCGCAGGCAGUAACGCGAUCGCAGCUGCUACCUUGCCUACCAGUGCGCCUAGCAAUGUCACUAAUUGCUCCCCUAACCAGUCACCAAAAGCAUGGCAGAAUUGCAUUCAGCCGCACAAUGACUCGGCGUCAUCGUGGACCGUGGAGAGAAGCGUCAGUCCCGGAAGCGCGGUCGUCAGCGGCGCCUCACGACCUCAGACGCCAGCGUUUCCGGUUCAUCCGCGCACGCCGUACGUCAACAACUCGUCACCGACGGUGACCUUCGCCAGCGACCGCACUUACGUGACGUCCAACAACAGCUACAACGUGAGCAACAACAACAACAACGACGCCACGGGUAACAACAACAACAAUGUAGGAAACUACGGCGCCGAACGAACGAUAUACAUCGAAGAACGAAGAGAUGUCUCGAAGGAGACGGGGCUUCCACCCAAGAGUCCGACAACACAGCGACGCUUGAGUUUCCCGGCAAGCGGGCCGCUUAAACAAAUGCAUAACAAACGAUGGCCGCUCACUAACCAAUCGGCGUCAUUCGACUAUAGCAAGGACCGACCUGUUUCUCCGGUAGGCGAAUCGACGAUGUCGCAGCCGCAGGCUGUCUCACGCAGCCCUGGAACACCGACCCACAUAGAAUUCGCCCAGAGCCCCAAGAGUGCUGCGUCAUACACUUCGAUCAACAGUGGUGGCCAAUCUUCGCCGCAGAUACAAUAUUACAGCUCGAGACGCUCUAGCGUACAUUCGAACACCGAGCCUCAGGAAGUGGCCGACGCUAAUGUGAAAUUUGUGCGCGAUACUAGCAGAAUCUGGUAUAAACCGAACAUAUCGCGGGAGCAAGCAAUCUCUAUGCUGAAGGAUGCAACACCCGGCACAUUUGUGGUGCGAGACAGCAACUCGUUCCCAGGUGCCUUCGGACUGGCACUGAAAGUGGCAACGCCACCUCCGGGUGCGCCUAGCAGCCCGCGAGAUCCUUCGAGCGAGCUCGUCAGGCACUUCUUGAUCGAACCAACGUCGCGCGGCGUCAGAUUGAAAGGAUGCGCAAACGAGCCGGUCUUCAGCUCGCUCUCGGCUUUGGUUUACCAACACAGUCUGAUGGCCAUGGCGCUACCUUGCCAGCUGUUGCUGCCCGAACCGGAAGCUGCGGCUAGAGCUUUGGACUCACCUGGUACUAACAGCACUCAGCAACUUCUUGCCCAGGGAGCAGCUUGUAACGUUUUGUAUCUCUUUACUAUUGAUACGGAAUCCUUAACUGGGCCGCAAGCUAUCAAGAAAGCUGUUACCAGUUUAUUCGAGCAAAAGCCGCUGCCGGUUGCCACCAUUGUUCACUUCAAGGUCUCCACACAGGGCAUUACUUUGACCGACAACGCUAGAAAGCUAUUUUUCCGCAGACAUUAUCCCACGAAUAACAUAAGUUAUUGCGGAUUAGACACCGAGGAACGCACAUGGGAGUUCGCCAGCGAAGAUACUGGAAGACCACUAAGCGCUCAUCGCUGCUUCGGCUUUGUAGCGAGGAAGCCUGCUCACAAAUCGGACAAUCAGUGCCACGUAUUCGCCGAACUGGAACCAGAACAACCGGCCACAGCCAUCGUAAAUUUCGUUAAUAAAGUCAUGAUGGGUAGUUCUAUCGCCAAGGCCAAUAUCGUUUAAGAAACGCUACUCGCUCGCCACUCAAUCGAUGAGACCAACGGGCACAAAGAUCAUUGCGAAUUCAUCAAUAACGGUUUCAAUUUUCAAGAUUGACACCGAUACAUAUCUCGUAGCGUAAAAAUCUGUGCGAAAUCCAGUUUCAAAAGCGAUCGAGAAUUAUUGAUGAGAACGAGAUCGAUGUAAUCGACUCCGCGGAAUCGAGGAUGAAAGCUUGAAUCUCCUCGAAGGAAGGAUUUGCCAAAAAAUGGCCGCAUGAGUUAAUCAUUAUUGUUAACCGACUACUCGUAAUAAAGUACUUUGUGCAUUUCGUAGCGUUAACUGAGUAGAACAUCUAUGUUGUAAACGUUAGGUACGACAUAAUUAUCCGGUAACGCUAGGAGGAGCAGAGAUCAAGAGAAAUCCGUUCUCUACGGAAGAGAACGGGAAGAACGGGAAGGCGUGAAUCGAGUCCAUCCUCGCGUCAAUAUGCAAUUAUAAGCUGAGAGAAAGUUGUUGUUACGAUUAAUCGUUACUGUUGUGAUUUAACAUAGCGAUCAGUAGAUGAACAGUACUAUGAUGGUACUAAGGAGGAAUAAGGUGGUCAGAAUUAACUGCGUUUGAGAAACCUUGGUAUGUCGGAUUUGAUUUUAACAAAAAAGUAUGAUUAAAGUCACGACUCAUUUUACAUACAAUGUGCUCUCGUUUAAAGCGAACUUAUAUAUACAACUUAGCGCGUAAUAUAUUUACAUAAUUUAAGCACCUACUGAGAGAAAGAGAUAGAGAGAGAGAGAGAGAAAGAGAGAGAUACAGGUACAUUUCCAGCUUGCUUCUGCGAAACAAAAAUAAUAUUUAUAUGAUAUUUAUACAGUUAUAUAUGGACACACAUAUCUUACUACGUUUUACUAAAAGAAUUUAUUAUUAUUUACGAAAUUUACUAAUUUCGCGAUUUUGCCACCUUUCCUCGCUUAGGAUACGAUCGAUCAGUCGCACGUGAACUGUAUCAAUAGCUCGUAGUCAUAGUUGAAGAAGUCAACCGUGUCCUUCGCGCGAACUACGAAGGGCAUCGAAAAUUCGAAACGAGCGUGUCUCGAGCGCGACACUGAGAAAGAGAGAGAGACCGCCUUCGGUUUCGGAAAAAUUCAUUUCUGUAAUACGCACUGGCAUUCUUAAACACACACUUACUCAUUGUUACAUGCAUUACAUACACGUAACUAUCAUAUGAAAGAUAACGAAGAUGCUCGCGGAUUAAUAACGACUGAUCUGAAGAAAUUUAUAUUAUAUGUCAUUUUUUUGUCAUUUUUGUGCUUGACAAAUAUUAUAAAAUGAAACAAAGUUUCAGAAAAAUGGCAUAAAUAGAAAUCUAUCUGUGUGUUUCAACGUGAGAACCUGAGAGAAUUCUAAUUUAAAACACAUUUCUGUUUCCAAUUUAUGGAAACACAUUUCUCUUCGGUUCAAAUUUGAAAGUUUUCAAAAAUACGUAAAUAUAACAGACAGGCCCCGCUGAACUUAAUGCGCGUGCAUCCUAAAUCCAUAUAUUAUCAUGUUAUACUUGAGACUCUCGAGUAAUGUUUGACAAAGAAUGUUACAUCGUUCGCAGAGCAUAUUAUUACAUUACAAACUGGCGCACAUAUAUAUAUAUACACACACACACACACACGCACGCACGUAAGAAAUCUUCGUGUCAUGCUUCCUCGAUGUUUGAAAGAACAAUAUUAAAUAAUUUGUAAAUAUGCUACCGCGCGCGAAAUGAAGUCGCCUUAAAAGGAGGCCUUGAGGAGACAUCUUGUGUGUGAAGGGGAGGACCUUCGCGGGUUAAUUGCUUAGCUCGCGACCCACGAAAGAAGAAGCAAUGCUGUAGUUAGUAUAGAGUCGCGCCAAGGAAUGAGAAAUAUUACUCGAGAAGAAGUUUUGCACGUGACGAGUAUGCGCGUAUUCUUUUGGUGAAAUCCAAUAGAUUCUUGCCAUUUUGUGUUCCGUCGAGAAAACCGAUCCUCGAAAAGUUCAUCCCGACGGUCACAAUGAGAUAAGCAGUCAAUUAUCACGAUCGAUUAUAUUUGUAUAAUUGCAACAAUAUGGCGACGUGAGUGAAGCACACGGUGAUAUGAUCGCAGCGACCGUUAGCUUUUUUCUCAACGUUGCCGAUUUCUACAUGUCUAUUUUCAUGGUCUGUUCUGAUACUUUUUGUCUUCCGGAUGAAGGUCGGCGUAGUCCUCCGCUCUUCGCGAAACUCUCAUCUCGAUCGAGAGAAGGAGGAUUCAUAGUUACGUAACGUGCUAGUCAAAAUUCGUGCUGUACAUUCGAUGAUCGAGGAGUAGAUUAAUCAGUUGGUUCUGGAAAUCCUUCCCCCGGCUAUGCUCGGCUCUGUAAUGACCAUUUUAAUGACGCUGGAAGUGAAAUAAGAAAGAUGUCAAACAAAUAAUGGCGUGUUUUGUAUUUCGAAGAUUGUUUUAAAGCGAUCUCGAAACGUCGCGCAUUAUUUUGAAACUGUCUCUCGCAAAGACGAUUAGGUCGCAGCUUUGAAGGAAGGAUUAAGAACCAGUAUAAAAUAACCGACCGUGUCUUCCUUUGUAGUCUCUUAUUUCUUUUCUUCAUCUCGCCUCCUUUCUACUCCGUUUCCGGACACUUUCUUUCGUACGUGCCCAAAAAUCGACUAACAGCGUAACAUUAAUUUAACAUUUUUUCAGUCAUUAAGAAUAAUUAAGUACUAUUAUUACUUAUUUACGCGCACGCGCGCUAUUAUAUCUGUACGUUUACGCAAUAAUUGUAUCGUUGCGUGCCGCAUAGGUACGCGCGUAUAUAGUUGUACCAACAAUAAAUCAUAUUCACACACACA